AUGUUUUGUUUUCGUCUAGGAUGGUUGAAUACUCGUAGCAUGAAUCAUGCAAGAUAUGCGCACUCAGCAUCCGUAAUUGCAGAUGGGCAAGUAUUAGUUGCCGGUGGAUUCGACGGUACUAUUAUAGGGACUGCUGAAUUGUAUAAUCCAUUAACAGAAACUUGGACAACUAUCAGAAACAUGAAUCAUCAACGAGACAGCCACACAGCAUCCAUUUUAAGGGAUGGGCAAGUAUUAAUUACUGGUGGAUUUGAUAAUGGUGCUAUAUAUAGUGCUGAAUUGUAUAAUCCAUCGACAGGAACUUGGGCAAUUACUGAUAGAAUGAAUAAUUCACGAUAUCUUCACACAGCAUCCGUGUUAACAAAUGGAAAAGUUUUAGUUACUGCUGGAUCUGACGGCCAUGAUGUUCUAAGUAGUGCUGAGUUGUAUGAUCCAUCAACAGAAACUUGGUCAGCUACAAGUAGCCUGAAUCAUGAACGAUUUGAGCACAAGGCAUCUGUAUUGGCAAAUGGAAAGGUGUUAGUUACUGGUGGACAGAAUAAUUAUAAUCAUUUAAAUAUUGCUGAAUUAUAUGAUCCAUCAACAGAAAUGUGGACAACUACUGGUAGCAUGAAUUAUGCACGCAAUGACCACACAGCAUCCGUAUUGGUAAAUGGAAAGGUUUUAGUUGUCGGUGGAAGUAAUGGCAGCGACCCUCUAGAUAGUGCGGAGUUGUAUGAUCCAUCGACAGGAAUUUGGACAACUACUGGUAGCAUGAUUAAUGCACGAAGUGUCCACACGGCAUCCGUAUUGACCAAUGGAAAAGUGUUAAUUACCGGUGGACAUAAUAAUGCUAAUUCUUUGGAUAUUGCUGAAUUAUAUGAUCCAUCAACAGAAACGUGGACAACUACUGAUAGCAUGAAUUAUGCGCGCAAUGAGCACACAGCAUCCGUAUUGGCAGAUGGAAAAGUGUUAGUUACUGGUGGACUGACUGAUAGUGGAAUUAUAAACAAUGCAGAACUAUAUUAA